AUGGUGAGGCACAUAGACACACUACACUCCCAAGCCGCACACUCAGUCCUGGAUUCGUGGAGUUCCACCUUCCAGGAUCCAACCUAUAGGGGCUCCGAGUUUUUGGAGCUUCAACGGCCUGACGGGCAGCUGAUUCAGCCAUUGUACCUCAAUGGGGGACCUUGGCUUUCAUACUUCAGACACAGUAUCACUGAGCUCACUCACUUCUGCCAGUGCAUAACAGGCCACACACCCAUUGGAGCAUACUAUCGUCGCUUCAAGAUCAAUGAGCCUCAUGGCUGCACUUGCAGAGCUGCCUUGCAGUCCCGCCAGCACGUCCUCUUUUGCUGCUGCGAUCAAUAUUCCACACACUACCCCCGUUUUCUCAGGGAUAUUGCAUCCUUUCUGAAGUACAACCCUACGGCGUUUGGCUUCAACUGGGACCCCUCAGGUGUCCGGUAA